UCAGUUUCCAAACCGUCACUCCUCCAGUCGUGAGAAGCUUCGGCGGGAAGAGCCGGCCGGCCGGCCACCAGAUUAUUUUCUCGAUUUCGGAUUCUCACCGUCAAUGAUUUUCUGAAUUUAGUAACUUCAUCUUUCAGAUUGAAAGAGAAGGGAUCAUAAGACUUGUAGAUUCGCAAAGGAGAAGUUAUACCCCGUAUAAUUUAAAGGGUUCAUUGAAAUCGGGUCGCAAAUGGCGAAUAAUACUUCACUGGACCCUCUUGUCAUAACUCCUACUUCAAUCACUCCUGUUUCUAGGGUUUUACGGACACCUAUGAGUGAGCGUCUUCUUGAAUCGGGUUUUGAUGAUGAGGAGUCUAUCAAGAGGAGGGACCAAUCUGGUCUAAUUGGUUACAUAGCUAAGCUAGAAGCUGAGAAUUAUGAUCUCCAACACCAUUUGGGUGUUCUUAUAUUGGAGAAAAAAGAGUGGGAUUCCAAGCAUGAGAGAAUGAAGGCAUUGACGGAAUCAGAUGAAUUAAUGCAUAUACAUUAUCGAGCAGCUAUGGCAUCUGCAUCAGUUGAAGCACAAAAACGAGAGGAGAAUCUAAAGAAGCUUCUUGGAGUUGAGAAAGAGUGUGUUGCAAGUAUUGAGAAGGCGAUGAGUAAGAUGCGAGCUGAAUGCGCUGAGAUGAAAAUUGCUUCUGAGAGCAAAUUGGCUGAAGCACGAAUUCUCAUGGAGGAUGCUCAAAAGAAGUCUGAAGAAUCAGAGACGAAAUUACAUGCUGCAGAAUCUCUUGAAUCAGAAGCUAACCGAUACCAUCAAGCUGCCGAGAGGAGCUUGCAUGAAGUUGAAGCACGUGAAGAUGAACUUAUGAGGCGCGUUGAAUCAUUUAAGUCAGAUUCGGAUGCCAAAGAGAAGGAUAUAGUUCGCGAAAGACAGUCAUUAUCUGUAAAACAGAGAAGUCUGCAGCUAUCACAAGAAGGCUUACUUUAUUCACAAAAUCUAUUGAACCAACGAGAGGAUUAUAUAUUCAGCAGAACUGAAGAAUUGAAUCGGAAAGAGAAAAUCCUAGAGGAUUCUAAGGUGAAAAUUGACGAGGAACUAAAGAGUUUUAUUGAAGAAAAACACAUGCUAGAGAUAAAUGCUGCUUCUCUAAAAGCAAGGGAGGAGGAUAUUGAAAAGAGGAAACUUGAUUUGGAUAAAAGAGAAGAAGACCUACAGAUUCUACAGCAGAAACUAGAAAGGAAGGAAUAUGAUGGAUUCCAACAAGCUGUGGACCACCAUGAAGCUUCUAUCAAAGUGAGAAGGUUUGAAUUUGAAGCAGAGAAGGAACUGAAGCGUAAACUUGUGGAUGAGGAAUUGGAAGCAAAGAGACGGGCUUGGGAAUUAAGAGAAGUGGAUCUUAGACAAACGGAGGACCUGAUCAUGGAACAAGAAUAUGACUGGGGCAUCAAGUAUAGGUAUCUGGCAGAUAAAGAGAAGGAUUAUGCAGAGAGGCUAAAUAUACUCGAGGAGAAAGAGAAAAAUCUCAUAGUUACUGAAGAAGCUGCUGAAUUGAAUAAGUACCUUUUGCAAAAAGAGAAAGAAGAGAUCAACAAGUUGAAACUUUCCGUUCAGGAUUCCAUGCAUCUGCUGGAAGAGAGAAGGAAAGAACUUGCGAAUACUGAAGAGAAAAUAGAAACCAUGAGAAGGGAAACAGAUGAAUUGAUGAUACUGGCAACAUGCCUUAAAGAAGAAAUCGACAUGAUCAGAACCCAGAAGCAGGAUGUGGAUGUUCAGUCUGACGAGCUUAAAGCCGAGAAGGCAAAAUUCGAAGCUGAAUGGGAGUUGAUUGAUGAGAAAAGAGAGGAACUAAAGAAUCAAGCAGAACUUAUUGCCGAGGAGAGAAUUUCCAUAUUUAAGUUUCUCAAGGAUGAGCGUGACAGUUUAAAGGCUGAGAAGGAUGCAAUGCUUGAACAGUACAAACACGAUCUUGAAUCUCUUUCUCGUGAUCGUGAAACCUUGUUGCAUGAAAUUGAGAAUGAACGUUCAGAUUGGUUCUCUAAACUACAGAAAGAACGUGCAAAUAUUUUAAAUGAUAUUGACAUUCAGAAGAGGGAGUUUGAAAAAUUUGUUAAUAAGAGGAAUGAAGAAACAGAAAGUUAUCUCAGGGAAAGAAAAGAAAUCCUCGAUGAGGAAAAAAAGAAAGAACUUCAAAACAUUUCUUUGCUUCGAGAGAUGGCAUUGGUGGAAACGGAGCAGGUUAAGUCUGAAAUGGAGAAACUUGCUGCUGAGAGAUUUGAAAUCAGUUUGGAUCGUGAGCAAAGGGAGAAAGAAUGGAUAGAGCUAAAUAAUACUAUUGAGGAACUUAAUCUGCAAAGACAUAAAUUAGAGAAACAGAGGAAGUUAUUGCAUACAGAUAGGGAACAGAUUCUUGCUGAGAUUGAGCAAAUGAAAAAGUUGGAUGAUUCAAAAGAUCAAUCUUCUACUCCUUCCUCACGACUUAAGAGAAGCGCGGAUACAGAAUUGGAUCAAACACAAAGUGAUAAGAAAAGGAAACUUCUAAAGGAUUUUAUACGAACGCCAUCUGAAGAUACAGUUCAAAUCAGAAGAAAUGAACCUCAAGGUCAUAACCAGGCCCAUUGUAGGACUGAGGAGACCAUGGUCUAUAUCGAUAAAAUCAUUCGAAUUCAUGAAGUAACUUCAAUGGAGGACGAAGUAGCUGUUUUGGAGGGUCAGGAAACGGUGAGAUGAAGCUUGAUGAUCGUGAAAACGGAUUGCAAGAAAGGGGAAAGGAAGAUACGAAAUGUUCAAGACAGUAUUAAAUAAUACAUUGUUUCCACCUAUGGUUACAUCUGAAAUGAAUUUAUCAGAUAAGAAUACUAGAGGCAUGCUCCUCUUUCUGGCAACUUUUAAUUUUUCUUUUUGCAGAUUUUUCAGGUUUCAUUAAGCUAUGAGCAACCUGGAAGGAAUCUCUUUAAAUUUCUGGAUGUUGGUUUUGGGUGAACUUAUUUUAUUAUUAUUACUAUUAUACGAAUUGUUCCAUCAUUUGAGUUUCUAAUGAUAAUCUACUAGGGUUGUCUGGUU